CAUAAAAAUAACCGAACUCUACGAACAAAAGCGAACAACAAAGGUUAAGUUCGUUGGUUGAUAGUUUAGGUACUGAAAUCAAAUGUUUUAAUUAUAUUAGUUAGUGCAAAAUGGAAGAGUUUUGUGCAAAAAUACCUUGUAGAAAAGCCCAGUUAAACGAAUUAUUUAAUUUGCUUGGAGAUCACGAUGAACCGUUACCGUGUUCUUUGUUUUUAAGUGGCAACAUGGGCACCGGCAAAAGUUUGUGCAUCGAGUCAAUAUUGCAGUUUUUGUGCUACAAACAUGUAAUUAUAGACUGUAUAGAAUGUUAUUCAUCGAAAAUCAUGUUCGAGACGAUCUUGUCUGGCGUUGGAGGCGAUGACUUUCAUGUGAAAUGUGAAACUAUGUUGGAUUUAACGAAUGCUUUGAACCGUUUAGCUGAAGAUGCCUCCAGAUACGAGCCUAUUAUAUUGGUAUUUGACAGAGCUGAAAGAUUACGUAGUAUGGAUCAGAAUCUUAUGUGUACAUUGUUAAGGCUGAGAGAGCUUUGCAACUUAAAUAUUUGCACUAUAUUUGUUACUCAUCUAAUUUACGAUAAUUUCAACUUCAAAAUGGGCGUCCGCGAGCCCAUAACUAUAUAUUUCUCUAACUACAACAAAGAGGAACUAUUCAAGAUCAUAUUUUUGCAUCAAAAGUCCUUCGUCCACCACAUACUUAGUAAUCACAAUGUUGACGAUGAAUUAAAAAGUGAACUUGAGAAGCCAGAAUUGUUUGCUAAUUUCCUUAAUGCAUUUUUGAGUGUAUUCUACAGACCGUGUAGAGAUAUCAUUGAAUUACAACACAUGGCUAAAGUGAACUUUGCGAAAUAUUGUGAGCCAAUCAUAAAAUGUGAGAUUCAAGCUCAAGACUUGACAAAAUUAUGGAGGCACAUUUCUCCAAUAUUAAAAACAAGCCUAGAAUUACUAUACUUAAGAAUAAGUACAGAAAAAGGUAGCAAACAGUCACCGGGGAAAGAAAACAGUGAAUCUUAUGUGUCACAAGGUUGUAAGUUUGAAAAUAUGUUAAAGGAGGAAUUGAUGUCAACCAAGACUUUUGCGCAGAGUUUUGAACUGCCUUACUAUGCAAAAUUUCUACUUAUAGCGGCAUAUCUUGCUAGCUACAAUCCACCAAAGGAAGACAAAAGAUUAUUUAUGAAAAAUCAUGGUAAACAAAGAAAGAGACAGCAACAGGUCAAAGCUAAGGCGAAAAUCAGUGAAAAACUGAAUACACAGCUUGGUCCUAAAGUAUUCACCCUGGAUCGUUUACUUGCAAUUUUUUAUGCGAUUUUAGAGGAAAAAUUAGGUUUGACAAGUAAUUUACUGGCUCAAAUUGCAACACUGGUGGAACUGAAGUUGAUUGCCGGCAGUAAGGAAAUCGAUUUGGAUGUAUCAAAAUACAAGUGCAUCGUCGGUUACGAUUUCAUUACAGCUGUGGCACAGACAGUCGGAUUCAAUGUUAGAAAGUACUUGUAUGAUUUUAUAUAAUGUGUUAAUGCACGCAUGAAGUUAUAUUUAUUGUAAUUUGUGUAUUAAAUAACUUAGCUACAA